AUGGCGCUGCUGCGGGCGGCCGCGCUGCCCGCCGAGGGCUGCCCGGCCUGGCUGCCCACGCACGUCCAGGUGACGGUGGUGCGGGCUCGCGGGCUGCGCUGCAAGGGCGGCGGCGGCGGCGGCAAAGGCAAAGCGGGCGGCAGCGACGCGUACACCGUGAUCCAGCUGGGCCGCGAGAAGUACAGCACCUCGGUGGCCGAGAAGAGCGGCGGCAGCCCCGAGUGGAAGGAGGAAUGUGCCUUCGAGCUGCCCCCCGAGCCCGGGCUCCGCGCCGGGCUGUUGCUCACCGUGAUGCACCGGGCGCUCGUGGGCAUGGACCGGUUCCUGGGCCAGGCCCUGGUGCCGCUGGAGCCCGCCCGGCAGCGCGGCCGCGAGCCCGACGAGCGGUGGCACAAGCUGCACUCCAAGGCUGGGAAGAAGGAGAAGGAGCGCGGUGAGAUCCUGGUGAGCAUCCAGUUCACACGGAACAACCUCACCGCUAGCAUGUUCGACCUGUCCAUGAAGGACAAGCCGCGCUCGCCCUUCGGGAGGCUGAAGGACAAGGUGACAGGCAAGAAGAAGUACGACCUGGAGUCGGCCUCUGCCAUCAUCCCCAGCAGCAUGGGAGCCCUGGACAUGGAGGACGACUUCGAGCUCGGGGGCAAGAAGUCCAAGGUCAAGGGCUUCUUCCUGAAGAACAAACUGCGCAAGUCGUCCCUGACCCAGUCCAACACGUCCCUGGGAUCCGACAGCACCAUCUCCUCUGCCAGCCUGAGCAUGGCAGCAAAUGCCCCUGAGGUGCCCAAAUCCCCGAGCAGACACGGCAGUCUGUCCAUGGAGCGCUCUGUGAAGGACCUCCUGCCCUCCCCGAAGCUGACCCACAAGAGAGCGUUCAGCGACGACGUGUCCCAGGUCAGCCCGGUGCUGGAGCCCAAAGCCACCCAGAGCCCGAAGCCAAAGAACGACCCCGUGUCCCGCUCGUCCCUGUGCAUCAACGGCAGCCACGUGUACGGGGACGAGGCGGCCCCGAGGAGCCCCGCAGGCCUCUCCACCAGCUCUGCCCCCCUGCCCGUGCCCGGCGGCCCCCGCAGGCAGGACGAGGCUUUCGGCUUCACCCCCCUGCACCCCAACCCCCAGGAGGUGCCCUGGGGGCUGGGCAGCCUGGAGAGGGCCCAGCAGAGGGACGAGCCCAGGUUCAUCCCGUCCCCUCCCAGCCUGGCCCUGCAGGAAGAGCUCAAGGUGUCCACCAAGGCCGUGACCCUCAGCAACCACCUGGGCAGGGCCAGGAUGGAGGAGAGCAGUCGCCUGGAGAGCAAACCCACCCAGGCUGCGGCUCCCCUGGGCUUCUCCGCGGAGCCAGCCAAGGACAGGCCGCCCGAGGACACCAGGAAAGAGGACAAGAAAGCCAAGGGAGGCUUCUUCCACCACGGGGGCACCCGGAGCGACGCGGGAGGCAAAGGCCAGGGGGACAGAGGGACCCCCGUCCACGCCUCGGCUGCGGGGGAUGAGAGGAGUAAGAGCAGCGGCUGGUUUGGGUCCAAGGAGCCCAAAGAGUCCCCUCAGAAACCCAGUUUCCCGCCUGGGCCGCAUGCUGCAGCAGAGGUCGCUGGGAGCUUUUAUUCCUCUGAGGAUUGCAGUCCCUGUGCCGCCCCAAGGCAGACAGACCCCGAGAGGGAGUCUCCAGCCCAAAGCGUUGGUGUCCCCGUGCCAGAAACCACUCCCCCAGCACCGGGAGAGCUCCCUCCUGCCGACGCCGACCCCGCCGUCCCCCCACCACCCUCGGAGUGGGACGAUACCUUCGAUGCCUUUGCCACCAGCAGGCUCAAACCAGAGCGGAAGAAGGAGAACUUCUUUGCCUCGGUGGCAGCAGAGGGCAUGGCUUUCAUUGACGACCCCGACAGAGCCAGCCCGACAGAGAGAUCGGCCGAGCCACCCUGCCAGAAGGGCUCCAAAGUGUUGGAAAAGGCCGAGUCACCCCUCGGCGCUGAAAUCCCUGCAGCUCUCCGCUCUUGGACAAAUUUCUCCAGUUUAGACGUGGGGGCCAACCUGGUGAGCACCACCCAGGAGGCCACGGUGAUAGAGGAUGUGCUGAGCCCCGUGUCCGCAGGGUCCAUGGCGAGGAGGAGGAAGAGCAGCACGCCCAUGGUCUGGGCAGCUGCGUUUGCCUCGGGCAACCCCGGGGACAAAGAGGCGUCAACAGCACUGACCACUGAAAAUAGCACUAGGGAGGAAGGGGACAGUGGUGAGGAGGAGUCCUCCAGUGCAGGGACAAACGGCUGGAUGACCAUAGCCACGGAGACCGCUCCCAACCCCUCUGAGAGCACCCCGAGCGCGGCCAAGGAGCGCGCGGCUCCCGAGGGCGCCUUCGGCCCGCGGCUGCCCUUCCUGGGCGAGGGCACCUUUGAAGCCCAGAGCUUGUCCCGUGCUGCCGCCUGUGUGUUACCCAGGACCUCCUUCCCCCCCGAGCUGGCCCCCGAGGCCCUGCCUGGCAGCACUGUGGCGGCCGUGCCCCCGCGGGUGCUCGAGGACGUGGCAGCACGAAGGUUCCCCGAGCCGGGCGCGGAGCCCAGGGGCGGCCAGGAGGGCGCCUUCGACAUCCGGAGCUCGGUGUUCCGGCUCCAGGCCAGCAUGCGGCUGGAGGCCAGCGACGGCCUCCUGAAGCUCAGCUCUGACAUCCGCGAGAGGCACGUGGUGCUGUCCCCGUGGGCAGGGCCCCAGGGCCGCCAGGAGCCGGUGCCCGGCCCGGCGGUGCCACCACCCAAACCCCCCAGGUGGUUCGCAGCCGCUGGCGCUGGUGGGGACACUGAGGAGGGGGAGUCUGGUGACCCCCAGCGAGGCAAACAGGAGCGAUGGGAAGACUCUGAGGGCCCAAGAGCAGAGAUGGAAUUGCAGAGGAGCCAUGGGAGCAGCGAGCCCUCCACGCCAGCGCCUCCCAGCCUGCCCACACCGGGAGCAGACGCCGCUGAAGCCGGGAGCGAGUUCUCAGCGUCCGAGGGUGCCGGAGCUGCCGCUGUGGACUCAGCAGCUCGUUUGGAGACAGGAGCCAGCGAGCUGGGGACAGGGGACACCGCUGUGGGGGAGCACCCGUCGGAGAUGAACAAGACAGAUGUGGCCGAGCAGUUCAAGACUUGCACAUCCAAGUUCUCCCUGGAGGGGCUGGAGCAGUCGGGUGCUGAGGGGAGCUGGAGUCAGCCCCGCGCAUCCCCUCAGACACAGGGGGCCACAGACAGUGCCAAGUGGGAGGCGGCCUCCAGACAGGAGCUGUUCCCUGAGGAGCUCAGUAUGUCAGGACUAAACCCACCUUCCAAGCUAGACCUGGGCCAGCCGGAAAUGUUCUGGACGGCUCUGGAAGAGCAGGAGGCAGCUGGGCAUCCAAACCCGCAAGCCCAAAGGUCAGAGCGUGGGGAGAGUCCAUCCCGGCCAGAGCCGGCGUGGAAGGAUGGUGAGGGGCAGGCAGGAGAGCAGCCCGAGCCCUGUGCCCCUCCCGAGGAGGCAGAGCAGGGCAGGGCCCGCGCCAGCGAGGAGCCCGAGGGGCGCUCGGCAGAGAGCAGGAUAGACUUCAAGAAAGCCGAUUUCUGGAAGCCAGACAGGGCAGACGAGAGGCACACGCAGGGAGUUUCAGCCCUGAGAAAUCCCUUUACCCUGGCCCUGAGCCCCAACUCCCCGAGCAAUCCCUUCGUGGAGCAGCCCCCGGCCCCGCUCCCCGUGCAGGCUGUGCUGCCCGAAAAGCUUGAGCGGGCCGACUUCAGCUUCUGCGGCCCGCAGGAGGCGGCCCCCGGGCACGGCUUGCAGCCCACUAACGCUCCCGGCCGGCCUCCCCCCCCGCAUGCCAGCCAGCCCCUGGCCUUCUCCACCCCUUUCCUCGUGGCUGCCACUAACCCCGAGCCGUGUGGCCCCGUCCCCGCCAGCCGCCGCGCCGCCGCCCGGCCCUGCCCGUGCCCGCAGCCCGGGGACGCACAAGCUUCAGCGCUCCUGGUUCUGCCCAGGGAGACACGGCCGGCUGAGAACCCCUUUUGCCAGCAGACGACCAGCCCCCACCCCGUGAAGCCCCUCAGCGCUGGGCAGGAGGGCUCCAGCGAGAGGAAGCAGCAGCACAGGCCCAGCCUGGGCUCGGCGCUGAGCAAUGGCCUGGAGAGGCUGAAGACGGUGACCACGAGCAGCGUCCAGCCCGUGGCCCCGGCCUCCCACCCCGACAAAACCGACCCCAAGUUAAAGGACCCCGCCCUGCAGGACCAGUCAGCCAAGUAUUACCACCUGACCCACGACGAGCUGAUCCAGCUGCUGCUGCAGAAGGAGGGGGAGCUGAGCAAGAAGGAGGAGCACAUCCACGAACUGGAGAACUACAUCGACCAGCUGCUGGUGCGCAUCAUGGAGCAGUCCCCCACGCUGCUGCAGAUCCCGCUGGGGCGGGGCCAGGCCCCGUGACCCUGCCCAGAGCAGCAGCACCCAGCAGAGCUCUGCUCCAGCGACCGCUGCCAGCACCCCGCACCCCCUCCUCUCCCCAGAGGGCUCCAGUGGCUUCUACUCCCAGUUUAGCCGGGUUAUCUGCUCCUUCCCAGCCCAAGCUUCCCCCAGCUCGGCUCCAGGGAGCUGUAGGGUGACGGGCUGCCAGCACCCUAUGGGGAGGAGCAGAGCCCUCCACACGAGGCAGGCGCCUCCUUAGGUCCCCGUCGCUGUGACCAAGUGCCACCCCUGGGCACUCCUCCUGCCAGAGCUUUAAGUGACCCGUGGACAUCUGAGAGCUGGAAACCAUCUCCCCGUGACUUCAUCUGCUGCUGCUGCUCCUCUGCCCACGCUCUUCCUCCUCUCUCCCUGAGGUCAUGUCCCCUGGCUGGUGGAUGGUGUUGGACUGGUGGGUGAUGCUGGGGACGCUCAGACCCAGUGAGGCUCCCCCAGCGCGUUCCUGACCAGAGCCUGUGGGACGCCUCUUCCCCUCUGGCCCCAGUUACCCCCAGUGAAGGGUGAAGAGCCAGCUCCAGUUUGCGCCACUUCCUGGCCGGGGGAGACGCUCCACAAAGGGACAGCGCCGGAGUCCGAGGGCCUGGCGUGGUGUCAGAGCCUGGCUGGGCCGCGCUGGCUCCGUCACAGCACCGCUGCCAGGGUGACACUGCCUGGGUCCCUCACGGCUGGACUGGGAAUGUGGGAAGGGAAUAUGGGAUUGUGCCCCUGGAGUGCUGCAGGAGGGGCUGGUGUGCCCCGGAGGGACUGAGGAGUGCGGAAUGAAUCCACAGCUGAACUUCCACUCAGUAUUCCCGGGAACGGCUGCCCAUGGCUGCCCCACCCCAGCUCUGCUCGUCUGUCCCAGCGCAGCAGGAAAACGCCCCUGGAGUGAGACUCGGGAGGUCUGACCCCUCUCUGCAGGGCCGCUGCGGGGUCAGGCACCCCAAACACUCCUGGCACAGCCCACAGCUCCAGUGCCAGUGCCCAGCCUGCUCCCCCAGGAUCGCAUCCCCACGCCGGGGUCACCUCCCCACGCCGGGAUCACCUCCCCACGCCGGGAUCACCUCCCCACGCCGGGGUCACCUCCCCACGCCGGGGUCACCUCCCCACACGUCAUCGGCUCUCCAGGGCUUGGGCCAGCCUCAGGGGCUGUGGGGCAGCUCUGCCCACUGCGGACCCCUGAGUGACCACCCAAAGGGCUCCUAUUUACCUGGCUGAACGAUUGAUUUGGAGGUACUGUGGAAGGGGAUGGGAAGGAUGUUUUUCCCUCCCUCAUCCUGGCAGCAUUUUGGCUGGAGAAGGUGUCUGUGCAGGCAGAGGGGCAGUUGGAGUGGGAUUUCAACAUGAAAGGCAUCUUCUCCCUCUUCUCUGUCUCCCAAAGUUACAGGUUCUUUUAAAUCCUCCCUGCUCUUCUCUUUGCUUGCUUCAGUACAGGCCAUGACUUUGAAGAAUGGUGCCUUUUGCCAGAGGCCAGUAGCAGUUUCCUACCCCAGAAAGGCUCUGAAAUCCAGCUCUCAGUCCCACACAACCUGCCCGGGUUGUCUCUCCUCUGUUUUCCUGCUCAUCCCGAGAAAAGUGAGUUAAUUGUUACCCACAGGCAGCAAAGCCUCCCCACACCUGCGCAGGUGCCUGGGUCCUUGCAGGAGUUGUGCACCGGGAGAAGUGGAGGCAGAGAGAUCAGGAGCUGACACAGCAGGGAAGGGCAGGCUCGGUAUUCCAGGACAAAAUACAGCUGGAUAUGGACAGUGUGGGGUCAGGAGAGAAGGAGCUUUGGUCCUGUCUGACCCUUGGACCCUGCAUGAGGAGGAAAACCCCAGCCAUGACCCUCCCCCUCCUUCCUGCCUCUCCCCUGGUGGGAAACAGCUGGGGGUCUGCACUGCUCCAGCUGCUCCCCCUGUGUUUCUGUUCCUCCUCCCUGUGUUUGUGGGGUGGGAUGGGGGUGUCCAAGGGAAGGUGUUUCUCCCAUUUCAGAAAGUGCCAGGAGCCUUUCUCUGCCUGUAGGAUCAGAUCCUGUGUCCUGGGAGCCCGAGUCCCUCUGGGUGUCACCUGUGUCCCUGUGAGUGGAGGCAGCCAGGGAGGAGCUGUGGCCAGUGGGAAUGCAGCCCUGGGAAAGCAGCACGGCAUGGGAAUGAGGGCUGGGAACAGGGACAAGGAGUUCCUCAGGAGGGCAUUAAGGGGGGCAGGUGCAGAGCCAACAUCUCCCCAAGAGCCAGGGCCCCUCUCUGGCUCCCCACUCCAUGAAAACAUCCUGGCCCCCUGCCCCAGCAGGGAGGGGUGUCGGUGCUCCCCACACAAGUGCCAAUGUUUAUGUGGAUCCAUGGCACCUCCUUCCCACCUCGCCCUCCUCUUCCCUCAUGUCUCACCGCCUCCCUCAGCCCCCUCUGCCUUACUCAGCUCUGCCUUUUUUCGCUCCAAAGCCUGAAUGUUUUGCACUUGAAUAUAAAAAGUUACUCUCAGAGCUCAGCAGGUUGUACCAGGUGUGCAGCCCUGCCAGCAAUAGGUGCUUCCACAUCUGCCUUGCCAGCAAUACCUGUUCUGUUCCCUCAUCUCCUGCCUUGCCAGCAAUAGGUGCUUCCACAUCUCCUGUGUCCAGCAAUACCUGCUCCUUCCAUCUCCUGCCUUUCCAGAGAAUAUCAGUUCCCCCAUCUCCUGCCUUUCCAGCAAUACCUGUUCCCUCAUUUCCAGCCUUUCAAGCAAUACCUGCUCUUUCCAUCUCCUGCCUUGCCAGCAAUACCUGUUCUGUUCCCUCAUCUCCUGCCUUUCCAGCAGUACCUGUUCUGUUCCAUCUCCUGUUUCCAGCAGUACCUGCCCCUCCCAUCUCCAGGAGCCCAGGUGGGCACAGGUCCCUUGGCACUGGAGCUGAGCCAGGGCUGCAGAAGACUCGAGCAGUGGUGGAUGUUCUGUGUCUGCCCUCGAGUGCCCAGCAGGCCAGAGGUACCUCGUCGUGUUAGGAAGAGGUGUCUUACAGAUGCUCCUGUCUCUGUUCUCUGUUUCCCCACCCCACUGUCCUGAAAAUUCAGGGUUUCCCCCCCACCACACAGCUUUUGUUCUGUGCAUGAGAGCAGCAGCUCAGCUGCAGCGCUGCAGUGGGGUCUGCAGUGUUGCUGUUAAACCUCCACGUUCCCCAGGGAAUGGCUUUGAGGACCUAAAUGCUUUCUCAGAGAGGGAGGGGAUGAGGAAGAGAAUUGGGGAAAUGUUCUCAAGUUGCCCAUCUGGAAUUUGUCUCUGUGUUUAGUGACUGAAUCUCCCUGUUUAGUGAUUUUCUGGGGAUUGCAGCGGCAGGAGCAGUGUUCCUGCUCCAUGUUCCUGGCUGUGCUCCGAGCUCUGUCCCUCUCUGCUGAGCCCAGCACACCCCAAGGGUUUUCUGGGUCAGCAGCAGCUUCUCCCUGUUCUGUUUUAAACACAGCCAUAACAAUUCCCUGUGGUUUUGCCUUCCUCCUGGAGUUUGUUUUUCCACGCUCGAGCUGUUCCUCGAGGCUGCAGCAGGGUGCUGUGCUCUGCCUUUGCUGUCAGCCCACAGUUGGGUUUCUUGCUUCUCCAGAACUUCUGCCAAUGAUUUCUUUUCCCCUUGCCUGGUCCUCCUGGCCACACAUGGGCCAGAAGAACCACCAAGGUUUAUCCUCAAACUGGAACAAACCUGAAGGGAUGUGAGUUCUCCAGUGUGACGUAGGCUCAGCCUUGUCUGGGAAGGAACCACCAUGUUUGGGGUUAAAAACCUGGAAAAACAUCCCCAAGUGGGAGAAGUGUUGGGGAUUUUGGAGAUGUUGGUUUCCCUGUUCUUCACGUCCGCAGGAAGUGGGUUCUGUGUGUCUCAUGUUUUAAGAGUUGCAACUAAUGUUUAUAAAGAGCUUGUUAUUUACGUUUUAAGCACUUUAAAAAAAAAAUAAAAGUUGUUCAAGCUGUUCCUA